AUGUCCGGAAUCCUUCUCUUCUGCACCGCCCCGGUGCCAGCCUCGGUAAUCAACCGCCUCAUGCAAGACAGCAGUAUCCCGAAACACGGGCGAAACAUCUUCAGUCUCGUACGCACCCCCGACCAAACAACCCUGGACAACUUCAACUCCAACCCCCCAAUCAACCCAUUCUCAACCGGAUUCCUCAGCACGCCUGACACCGAACUCCGGCGAUACACGCGCCAACGGAUCAGCGAUCUCGAGCGCGAACGAUCAAUCAGUCUCUCCUCGAAGUGGGUCGCUGUCCUGGACGAACGGUCCGUGACCGAUAACACGGUGGUGAUACAUCGGUACGAGACCAAGUCCGAAUGGGAGCAGCUGCAGCGCGAGGCGGAGGAGGAAUGGGUUGGGAUCCCCGGGACGGCAGAGAUUAAUGAGGAAGAGGAUUCGAUCUGGUGGAAAUGGCGCGUACCGUUUGAUGCGGUCUUUCAUCUGUAUAAUCAUGUCGAGACGUUCUCGUGGCGUGGCGUGGCGUUGUGGGCGAGACCGGAGUAUUUGGGGGAGGAUGGGAUUGUUAUGGUGAGGUUUCCAGUGGGGAUUAUCAGUGGGGGGAUGGAGGAUCCGUUGGGAUUAAUGUGA